AUGCAGAAAUUUUGUGAAGAAAAUAACAUCCUGCAGGAUUUUCAACAUGGCUUCCGGAGAGGAGGUUCCUGUCUCUCAACUGUGCUAGCUUGUCUGGAGAUCUGGAGCAGGACUUUAGAAGAGGGUUUUGAGGUCGAUGUCGGGUACAUCGAUUUCCGCAAAGCUUUCGAUACUGUUCCGCACCAGCGCCUUCUUCACAAAUUGAGCGCCAUCGGCAUCCGCGAAGAUCUUCUGAACUGGAUAAGGGCGUUUCUGGUUGGUCGGAAACAACGUGUCUGUAUCGGAGAUGAUAUGUUAGAAUGGGUGAACGUGACCAGUGGUGUGCCGCAAGGCUCAGUUCUGGGACCAUUGCUCUUCAUCCUUUACGUUAACGACAGCCUUUCGGAACUCGACUGCGGCAAAAUAUUGUUUGCAGUCAUUAAGGGUCCGAAUGAUCGGAGAUCCCUUCAAAAUAAUCUUCACCGACUGCAAGCGUGGCCGAAGAAAUGGCUUCUUGAUUUCAGUGUGGAGAAGUGUGCCAUCUUUCAUCUGCAUCCAACUAACUCUCAUUCAAAUGAGAGCCUGAGGAGACAUCACCUGAAAGAUACAAUGCUCCCUGUAGAAUCUUCACAGAAGGAUCCCGGGGUUUGGAUAUAG